CGUUUUCUAUUCCUUCCCUCUUUUGUUUUCUCCCGCGAGCAGCUCGUGCGACAGCUGAGCUGCGGCCGCCGCCGCCACACUUUGCUUCGCUGUGAGCGGUCCCGAGCGUGAGCCGGUGGGGGUGUCGGCGAGGCGCGCGAGGGUCAGGCAGCGAGGAGACCGCCGCCGCUGCAGCCUGGUGUGCGCGCGCUCCAGGCUGCUCCGCCACUCAGCCACCGGGUUGCAGAUGCCGCCAUUGCUCCUGCUAGGCUGCUACCGUCCGUCGCCAGCCGUCCGCGCUGCUGCUGCCACCUUCGCCGCGCACCUGACCGCGCCGCCGCCCGGGAAUUGCCCGACGCGGCCGUCUCGUGUUGCCCUCUGCCGGCGCGCGCGGCAGACGACGCCUUUGACGUCUAUCUUUCUGGCCAAACGCAUUCCUCGCAGGGCAUACAGAGGCUAAAGUCAACCUUAAAAUGGAGGAUGCUAACGCAGUAGUAGAUUGGAAUGUUGACAUUAUUGGCCCAGAUGGUGGUAGCGGCGCUUGCCGCAAAUUGGCAAAAACUGAAGACCCUGAUGCCACAGAGUGUUCAAGUUCCUUUGGGGACACACUAUCUGGAUCUCAGGAUGAUGCAAAGCCUUCAGAGAUUAGUGACAUUGAAGUAGACUCACCAUUCUGCCGUUAUCCUCAUAAUGGUGAUGCUGCUGCACUCUUGGAUGCAGCUGCUGCUGACAAUUUGGAUAGAUUAUUGAAAAAGAAAAAAGUGACCGAUCAUUGGAGAAGCUAUAUCAGCCCAUUAAUGUGGAGAUGCCAAUGGUUAGAGCUGCGGAUGAAAGACUUGCAAUCUCAAGUAUCCAGAUAUGACAGGGAGCUUGCAGUACUUAAACAUGAGAAAGAGUUGCAGACAAAAAUGAUUGAGUUGGACUGUUCCUCGUCAAGAUCAGUGCCCUUCUCUUCUCAUUGCUGCAGGAAGACUAUGAAGAGGAAGAAGAGGAAGAGAAAUGAGGAGAAAAUCAAUGCUCCCUCAUACAUCGCAACCCACACCAUAUUGUCUUAUUAUGAAAAAGAGAAAACGGAAGGUGAUGGCCAUUCUAUCGACGACAAUGGAAACUUAGCAGAUGACAGCACAAAAGGAAAUAAUGACGCUGACUGGCUACUCGGUAAUGGAGACGAUGCUGCUGUCGAGCAGAUUCUUGUAAGCAUUCAGUCUGUUCAAGACAGAGUCUGUAGUCUGAGAUCAGAUCUCAAGAAAGCAAUGGCCAAGAAGAGUAAGGGGCUUCUCCUUAAAGUCAACACACAGGUCAACGGCGCACAGAGCUCUAAUUGCUCACAUGGAAAAGGCAAAGUUACUGAAAUGCCUGAAAUAUCACCUCAAGAUGCAUCGGAUUGUGAUAUGGGUGAUACGGACAUGCCCGAUAGUGCUGUCUCAAGCUAUGGAGAAGCUAACAAUAUGGAUAUUUUUGAGAGCACGAUGAACCUAUUGUCAGUUGAAGAUCCAGAUAAAAUUGGUGAACUACGCCAGACUUCGGAAGAUGUAUUGAUCGACAACCAACCAGCUGAGGAAGGGUAUCAAAAUUUUGAGGUGAUCAGUCACCCAUGCCAGCGACUACGGGUAUCAGUCAAGAGGGAACAGGUACCUGUCAAGAGAGAAACUGUAGCACAUUCUGAGGAUGAGAGCGUCGCCGCCCCCAUGGCGGUCGUCAAGGAAGAAGGCGGCACAACCAGGAUGGGCCUCCAGGGGAUCUUGAAGCCCUGCUACACGGGCAAGAGAAAUGGGAGGAGGCCGAAGAUUCUAAGGCGCGGUGGUUCAUCAUCUGCUCUUAGCUCAUGGAGGAGCGCCCGGACUCGAAAGAAGAGGAAAUCGUAGAUGCAGAUGGUCUCAGUGAACACACCCUAUCCUCUGGCUUCGGUUCUUCCGUUUGAUUAGAUGAUGAUGACGGCAAUUGCGCACUCCCUCUCUUUUUUCUUUUCUUUUCCUUCUAUCUGACUGAUGACAUUUUCUGCGGAGCCAGAAGAGAGUUAUGGAAAAUGGCGCUAUGGCUUUCAGCCGCGAGGUGCUUGUAAACCUAGCGAUGUCUGUUUCUGUUUCUAUUGUUGUUGUUACGUCUGGUCUUUGUUCUGAAAGAGUCGAACUUUGGUUGUUACAGUGUAACUUUUGAUAAGGCUUUCCUGCAAUGUUGUUUGUGUAUUUUCA